AUGGCUGGUCAAGAUUUCAGGUCCACCGAGGAGAUCGCAAAUGAGAUGUCCAUUCGCGAUCCCGAGGUCAAGAAGCUGGAAGAGGAAGUCGCUCGCUUGAAGCAGAUCACCAAGAAGCAGGAGCUCGACAAGUUCUACCAUGCCAUGUACGACUGCGACAGCGGUUCCGAGCUGCAGGGGAUGACGAAGCAGUAUGAGGAUCUGCUUGCUGCUGUUCGGAUCCUCGCACUUGGUGAUGAGGAGUUGAAGACGAAGCUCAAGGAUUUGGGUGUUGAUCUUCGUGAGGAGGGCACCGAGAUGCGCAGAACUGACAGCAAAUGGGCUAAUCGGAUUUGA